CGCCUAUUGGUCGGUUGUACGUUGGAAUGUGUAAGUGGUGCUGAGUUGGAGACUUUGUACCGAAACACUGCAGUGCCAGGAGCAUUCGUAUGCCCCUUUCGUCCAUGCCUCCUGCAAACCAUCUUGUAUGCCCAGUAUUCCAGUCUACUGAGCAACAUAGAUCUCUCUGAACUAUCUUUGACCGGCGUUUAUGCCGGUCUCCAUUAUGGUGGGCAUAUUUGGUGGGAAGAACUCUCCGUCUCGACCAUCUCGUCCAAGCACAGACGCGACGACGCCGACUAACAACAUUCCUCCGCCGCCUUACGUGGAGAAUGGUCAUCGUGGGUCUGUGUAUGCGACGGAAACUAUCACUACCACCACCCAAGUCGUAACCACAACGACUCAGACCACCACCCACUUCUUUUCCCUUCCGCUUUGGCGGAAGCGCACACCCGCCAAUUCUGCGGUUGAGUUAAGUAGACCAAGUCUGCAUGCUUCUCCAUCAUCGGACGAGCUUGGUAUGAUUCGUUCUUCUCCUAAUGCCCCGCUUGUGCUUUUCCGCGACAAGGACCUCCCUCCCACUCCCUCUCCGACAGACAGUCUUGAUCAUACACCCAUUGACACGCCAGACACAUCCCUCGCUCUGGAGGAGGUCUCACCGGCUCAAAAUACUCAUGAUCGUGUCCGCCCAAAUAGCGCAACCCCCGUCAUCGCGCUGAACGUGCCCAGUAAUGGGGAGCCUUCUUCACAAUCAGCAAUCGCGCUUGCCCGUGCUGCCUUAGGGCUUGGGCUGCAACCCGUUAUGCUGAACCAUUUUACGGCGUCAUCCUCAUCGAGUGAAGUUAAUACUGUUUCUUUCAUGACCCCGCCCACGUCUGCAGCUUCUCAAGACAGGCCUUCGGUAGCUGCUAUGCGUCGGGCCAAGAGCUUUCAGAAGGAUUCUAGCGACGCGGGCGCUGGUCCGUCUUAUGCCCAGUUGAUGGAGCGGAGACGUAGUAGAGGACUGUCUCUUGGUCUUUUGCACUUUGGCACUGAUACAAAAGGCAAGAGCAAGGAGCGAGAAACCGAGACCGACGCAAGGCCAUCUUUACAGAAAUCUCUGACUCGGAAGGCGUCGUUUUGGCGAAAGCGAAAUAAUUCCCAAACGCAAUCUCCUACUGCACUUUCAUUGUCCCAGGAGCGAACUCUCCAACCGUUGUUACCAUCCCUGCAACCCAUAUCGCCAUUUCGUGUGGAUACCUCUGUUCCUAGCUCUCCAUCCCUCACUCCAGAAUCUAGUAACCCACAGUUGUCUCCAGAGUUGCGUAGGCGACAUUCAGACCGUGCUCCUCCGAAUGAAAUACCUCCCGAACACGAAGUUGCUGUCUCUCCGGAACGCAGUCCAACGGGCACCAGGUCAAAACGACGACGUCCUCGCAGACCACGGACCGCAGACACGGCUGAAAGUCAACGACGGCGUAAUUCUUCGUUUUUCUCAGGAUCUUCAUAUCCAUUGUCGUCUUCUCCGCCUUCAGAUAUAGCACUCUCGAUUUCUCCUUCGUCGUCCCACAGCUCGUCAAAUCAAGCUACAGUUCGUCCACGGUCUUCGACGAACCCGCCAUUCCUUCAACGACUAUCUAUCAAUCUCUUUGGUUCACCAUCAAUACCCUCUCCCCAACUUGGGUCUAGUUUGUCUGGGGAACAAUUAGUUGAUUCCCCAACCCACCUAGGGUCUGCGCGGCCCUCUGUAUCAAGAUCUAAACACUCACUUGAGAUACCCCGACCACGUCACGAAGAGGAGUCUCCGGAAGUUUACUUGCAUCGACUUCUGGAAGCCGUUAGCAAGGCCGAAAUAGCCACUGUGCUCGCUUCAAGCCCGGACGAGUUUCAUGCGCGCGCGUUACGAGCUUAUGUCGAACGUUUUGACUUUUCUUCGGACCCCUUAGAUGUUGCGUUGCGCAAGCUCCUAAUGGACGUCGGACUACCAAAAGAAACACAACAGAUUGACCGUGUCAUGGAAGCUUUCGCUUCGCGGUACUUGCAGUGUCAUAUGAAUCUUUUCACAUCUGACGAUCAUCCGUACGUUUUGGCGUUCAGUCUCAUCAUGCUGCACACCGACGCGUUCAACAAGUCAAACAAGCGGAAGAUGACGAAGGCUGAUUAUAUCAAGAAUACUCGACUUCCAGGGGUAGCGCCGGAAGUUUUGGACUGCUUCUACGACAACAUCGUUUUCGCCCCUUUUAUCUUCAUUGAGGACCCUCUAGAUGUGAACGGUCAACGUGGAUUAGUCCCAGAUGGUACUCCAAGUCGUCGCCUGUCUAGCUUUAGCGCGCCCUCCCCUGGUGGGAUGAACGGCGCCAGUCUUCUUGGUAAAAGCGCCAAGAUUGACCCGUACUACCUGAUUACCCGCAACCUACUUGACGAUCUUCGUGUUAACGUGGAGAUGUAUGUUCCGCGCAAUAGUCCAUACGUCUAUCAGGGCACGGCUGGUCAGUGGGACGAUGACGAACUUCUUCGCGCAUUCCAAACGGCUGGCGUAGUAGAGGUCAAUUCGGCCGGAUACUACCCUGCUCCUUGGUUCAGUUUAGGAGUUGGUGGCGGUCCUGGACCCAUGGCCAUCGGUGGAGGUCUUCCUUCUGCAUUUCCUCCUUCACCAGAGGCCUUUUCCCUAAGGGUCACCAAAGUGGGCACGUUAUGGCGAAAAGAUGUGGUUCUAGAGGGUGGACGCAAACCGAUGCAUCGAAAGUGGAAGGAGUGGAGUGUUCUACUGACUGGCUCCCAAUUAUUGCUCUGCCGAGAUCUCACUUGGGUAAACGUCAUUCUGGCGAAAGCUGAGCGCGUGAAUGGUGAAGUGAACUUGCCGCAUGCCUCAAUACCUAAACCCGACGAACUGCUUUCUGUGAAAGAUGCUGUGGCCGUCUUUGACAAGUCUUACAUCAAGUAUCCUAAUGUACUGCGUCUGGCCCUUCCUGAUGGCCGUCAUGCUUUAUUUCAAGCACCUGACGAGAAACAGAUGAACGAGUGGAUCGCACGCAUCAAUUACGCGAGUGCAUUCAAGACAGCAGGCGUCCGUAUGCGAUCCCUUGGUAUGUCCGGUAAGGACAUCGAGCUGACUGGACAGGCUGCUGCAGCAUCACAUCUCCGCGAUGUUCAGAACCGGAACAGGGAAAUCACCUCACGUCGGGGUGUUCGUACAUGGGAAGGGCGUUCGUCACUAGACAUCGAAAUGUCGUCUCGCAGCGACCCAGUGAUGCCUGCUCAGAGCGCAUCAAAGCCUGCCAAGGUUCGAACAGCUUCUGUUGACUCAGACCAAUGCACUUCUCCGAUGGAGAACCCAUCUAAGCUACUCAAGGCGACAUUCGAUCAGGUGAAGCAAGAUUUAGCAGCGGGGCAUUGGCAAUCUAUGGAUGAGAUCAGCCUACGAUCUUUCACCCGUCCACGGGCGAUGAGCUUAGAGUCUUCUCUGGGGUCUCCUUUCACGUCACCAUCGAAAGCAGAUGAAAUUGAGGAACCUCAGCUCUCGUCGAGAUCCAGGAUCAUUCGAUCCAAAGUGUCGGAGUUGGAGUCAAAGAUAUCUGUUGCGCAGGGUCAGCUGGAGACCGACAUGCGUUUCGUGCGCAACAUUGCGGUGCUUACACCAUUCCAACGGGCCACUCGUGAACGGUUGCAAGCCGCUGUGCAGGCGAUAUCAAAGCGGGUCAUGCAAGUGCGUUUGGACAUCGAGAAGCUUGUUUGCCAUCGAGACGUACUGGCCCGUGAUUUGAUAGCUGAAGAGCGCGAUUGGCAAUGGACGAAGAAGAUGGCGCUACGAGCCGCGACGGUGUCUUUGCAAAUCCAGCAGCAACAGCAGCAAGUUCCUCGGAUGACAUUAUCUGUCUUCCUGGAUGACGUCGCUGAGCAGUCGCUGUCCACCUCACCGCCUCAACGCUCGACGAGUCGGAGACCUGAGUCAUCUGCGGGUGAAUCAUUCCAUUCGGCAUUAGAGUAUAGCUCUGACUCUGACGAUCGGAGAGAUACGUCUUUCGAUACUUCUCCUUCACUCACUGCCCCUUCAACCCCUAAACAUGCCAAAGCAAGUCUCUCCACUGUGCCCGAUUCGUUAGAGCGCCGGAAGGCUGCACCUCUGACUGCAGAGAGCUCAAUGGAGAGUUCAUUCUCCAACCGUUCCGACACGCCUGAGCGGAGUCAUCAGAAGUAUGUUACAGCUCCAGAAAUGCCUGAGGAGGAGGCAGAAGAGUGGGAUAAGACACGAGCAGCUAAACGUGUUUCGUUGGUGAAACUACCGUCGGAUCUACGGAUGUCAGUGCUAUUUAGCAAACACGGGCAGGGUAAUGGACAGAGUGUCUCAGAAGAAAGCCCUAAUCCUACAUCGCCUCAAUCCGAACGUCCAACCCAAGUCGGAAGCGGGACAGAACACAGCCAAAAUAAUUCACCAGUUGAGACUCUGGCCGUGCUCAACGUGUGAUUUAAUUUGGUGGGGCGUACUUGAGAGUAUACAUACAUUAUUUUGCUUUCAUUGUUGCUUUCGUCACUCAGUGUUCAGUCUUUUCCUUAUCAUUUAUCAUUUGUUGCAUGUUUUCCAUCUCAGAGUACCAUUCAUCGUAGAGCACCUUUGCAUAGUUCAUUCAGGAUAGGACAGCCAGCAGAUUAAUUCUCAGUGUAUCGAUAGAAGAAGUCCAUAAUACAUUUACACUCUAUGAAGGCUCCUUCAGCCUGCCUACUGACCGAAUUUACUCU